AUGGAAAAUGGCUACAGGGAUUCACUCUCCGGAAGCAAGAAGGUGGAGUCGCUGGCCGACUUUCAAGUUUGUGAAAGUCUGCUCUUCGAACUUGACUCGGAGGAGGACGACCUCUUCCUCGCGAUCGAUGCUGUUGGGCAACAGCUGAUGCCGUCCUCGUGCUUCACUGACGAGGAUCUCUCCAAGGUCCUCGGUGUCUCCAGCGCAUCCAAUAGCUGCACAAGGAUUCAGCCGGAAGCCACACUGAGCCACGACGCGCCACUGCAAGGGCCCGGCGUUCUGCGAGGCGUCCACAUUCCUGCAGCAAAGUCAAGGGAAAAAAAGCCUGGCCGAGGACGCAAACGGAACCAGGAGAAAAACACCACCCGUAAUGCGGAAGAACGUCAGAGAAAACAAAAAAAAAAUUCGUUUCGUAUUGGCGGUAACCAUAAGUUUCGGGUGAUUAAAUCUCUUACCGAGGAUGACCUCAAAAACGAUGAUGACUACCGCCGCUAG